CAUAUAAAGCUAGCUAGGGUUUUAGUUUUCCAGAGCAGUGCAGCAGAGGUAAGGCCGCGCCGAGAGAGGGAAAGCCGGUCACAGUUCGCCGCCGCUGAUUCAACAUGGGUAUUUCCAGGGACUCUCUUCACAAGAGGCGCGCCACUGGUGGCAAGAAGAAGGUCUGGAGGAAGAAGCGAAAGUAUGAGCUUGGACGUCAGCCAGCAAACACCAAGCUCUCGAGCAACAAAACUGUUAGGAGGGUGCGUGUUAGAGGAGGCAAUGUCAAGUGGAGGGCCCUGAGGUUGGACACUGGAAAUUUCUCCUGGGGUAGCGAGGCUGUUACCCGCAAGACUCGUAUUCUUGAUGUGGUCUACAAUGCAUCAAACAAUGAGCUUGUUAGGACACAGACACUGGUGAAGAGUGCCAUUAUUCAAGUCGAUGCAGCUCCGUUUAAGCAAUGGUACCUUCAGCACUACGGUGUCGACAUUGGCAGGAAGAAGAAGACAGCCGCUAAGAAGGAAGCUACUGAGGAAGGAGAUGCUGCUAUAGCUGCUGCUCCUGAAGAAGCUAAGAAGAGUAGCCAUGUCCAGAGGAAGAUUGAGAAUCGCCAGAAAGAUCGCAAACUGGAUGGCCACAUCGAGGAGCAAUUUAGUGGUGGUAGAUUGUUGGCAUGCAUAUCUUCUCGACCUGGUCAAUGCGGUAGAGCAGAUGGCUACAUAUUGGAAGGCAAGGAACUUGAAUUUUACAUGAAGAAACUCCAGAGGAAGAAGGGCAAGGGUGCUGCUACUGCUUAAAAGUCAAUCUCCUUCAAGUUAAACCUAUGUGUUUGGUCGCCUAGCAUUUUGUCUUUCGGACGCUGAGUAGUGAAAGUGAUGAAUUGUUUUUACUAGCUAGUGGAACAAUUGUUGUUUGGUCAUCCGAAAUUGUGUUUGAGCACUGCAGAGAUUUUGCCCGCUGUUUCUGAUUUAGAAUUUGGUCUCAAUUCAUUGCCUUUUCAGCUUACGCCCAUUCCAGUUUUGUGCCUCAUAGAAACUUGGAAUUAAAAUAGUUGCUGUUUACGCUCCAAGUCGAAUUUGGCUUGUGAUUUAAGAGCCGAAUUUUUCUAAGAGUUGUUAAUAAGGUUCUAACAAUAGC